GACCCAGGUGGGACUUGAACCCACAAUCCCCAGCUCCGGAGGCUGAUGCCUUAUCCAUUAGGCCACUGGGCCAAUUCAAAGGAGCUGCUAUCCCUUUAUCUACACAUCAUUAUGCUGUUGCUAUGCGCUUGAGGGUAAAUUUGGUCUUAGCGGAAAUUCAAUCUUGUACAAUCCUCUGCAGCUGAUUGCGCCACAAAAUUAGUAUCAAAUGGAUAAACUGUUAUGUAAACAGAAAAUUUGACCAUGCAAUACGCUAAAUAUAUGUCAAAUAAGCUUAUGUAGCUGUUGGUAUGCAUAAGCCAGUGUAAGUUGUGUAUUUAGGCGAAGUAUUUAAACGUUUUAAGUGACUGUUUUAUUGUGCUGGAACCAGAAGCGAUGAACAAUGAAUAUAAACAUCGUAAAUUCUCCAAAACAACUCUGAAUUUGCUGUUCUUCUUCAACCAGUUGUGGUUUGUCUUCGCACAGUUUCGGCCUGGAGACCGACCAAAUCUUAGCCAAUCACAUUCGUUGAUACCUAUUGACAGAUUGAUGCAGCCAAUCAUGAGAGAACGCAUUAAAAGUGGGCGGGUGCGUCAGUAGUUGUAUAUAAAUGAAAAGGGGCUUGGCUUUUUCAUACAGUAGAUUCCGUUGUUUUGAUGAGAAUAGAUGUGUUGUUGAGGUAAUCGACGAUUCGCAGCAACCGCGACCCGUUCAACAUAUUAUUAGGUCUUUUAUUUGGUAGCUCGUCGCUGCUUUUCUGAUCGAGUCGCUCAAAAAAAGCGACUUGAUCCAGCUGAUACCGAUCGCUUAGUAAAAUCAGGUCGAAAGGGAUGCCGCUGCAGACAGACUCCGACGGACGCCAGCAGUCUUUGGAUUUAAUCUCAUCGCAUUUAAUCGGCAAGAGCAGCUUUUCUAUAAAUUUUAAAAGCCUCAGAAUAACUCAUCCUCGACCGAGUGCUUGUGAACGAUGCUUAAGCUUGAGUGCGAACUAAAAGCGCAGCUGUGAAGCGAAGACAACAGGAGCGUUUGGUAGUCAACAGAGCUAACCGCUAACUCGGCUAACGUUAGCUGGUCAACAACAAAGCGCGGCUCGUUAAUCUCCGGUAACCAGUCCGUUAAACGGGUUCGAGUGUCUAACGGUACAGACGACCCCCCGACUUUUAAGCCAGCUGUUUUCUGCCUGUGCGGAGAAUUUUGCUCGACAGCAAUGAAACUGUUGGAAAACUCCAGCUUUGAAGCCCUCAGCUCCCGGCUGUGUGUUGAAACCGGAGAGUCUCGGAUCCUUGGCAGGAUUGAGAGCUACUCCUGUAAGAUGGCAGGAGAUGAUAAACACAUGUUCAAGCAGUUCUGCCAGGAGGGGGAGCCCCACGUCCUGGAGGCUCUCCCCCCUCAGUCCACCAGCGCCACCAGCCCCUCACAGCUGGGGAAGAGCAGCGAGGACGGAGAAAACCCUCUGAGUGACAAGUGUUGCAGGAAGACUCUCUUCUACCUCAUCACCACGCUCAACGAGUCCUUCAGGCCCGACUACGACUUCAGUGCAGCGCGCGCUCACGAGUUCAGCCGAGAGCCCAGCCUCAACUGGGUGGCUAAUGCGGUAAACAGCAGCCUGUUCUCGGCUGUGGGUGAGGAGUUCAACUCUCUGGGGCCCGAGCUGUGGAACGCCAUCGACCAGGAGAUCAACCUGCAGGGCUGUGACAUUUACAGCUACAACCCUGAUCUGGACUCAGACCCUUUUGGUGAAGAGGGAAGCCUCUGGUCCUUCAACUACUUCUUCUACAACAAGAAGCUGAAGAGGAUUGUGUUCUUCACGUUUCGCUCUGUCAGCGUGCUGAGCGGCUACGGCCGUGGUUGUCUCGACAACGAGUUGGACAUGGAGCUGGAUGAUGAAGAGGAGAUGGAUGGCUUCACUGAGGACAGGUUUCCCAGAGCUCUGUGUGUGUAGAUGUCGGACAUGCCUCGGCCAAAGAGUUUCCAGGCUUUUCCUGCUCCCAUUCUUCGCUCCAUCUACCUUUUUUGUUUAGUUUUUUUCUACUGCCUCAUCCAAAGCCAUUUUCACACUAAUGCAUGUUUGACGCCUUUUCUCUGCCGGCAGUGAACUGUGUGCCGUGUGGCGGCGGACGUUUUGGAAAGACGUCACGCUCCUUCAUUCAUUCUCCGCUAUGAUUUUUGACCCUGAGCUCAAAGCCCUGAUGGUAACCAUAGGAGCUUCUCCAUGUUUUAAAGAGACCGCUUCAUGAACACUUUAGAGGAAGAAGGUCUUAUGGAGGAGUGGCUGAGGAACAAAGACUGCAAAAGAUGUCACGGAGAAGAGUCCAGGUAACACCAGCAUCGAUGAAAACUGACACCUGGAGCCGGUUGAGACGGACUGAUCAGCUGAGAGCUCAUCUGUUCCUCAUCGUUUGCUACUUUUGUGUUACUCUUAAUGUGUGACAGUGACGUUACUGUGAGAACUUUUUUUUUUAAAAUUUAAACUCUGCAUUUAUUACUGGCACUUGUUAUUGAAUCUCUUGAACGCUCGUCUGAACUCGUCGGACGGGAGGGGGGUGCUCUCGGCGUCUGGGUUGCAGCUUAGAAAACAUAUCAGCUUUUAUCAGACGUACAGUUUAUUGUAUGUGUCGUCUAAAUCCAGUAUUUUUUUUUUGCAUCACCCCCAGUUAAAGCCCUCAUUCCUGCGUCUUGACAGUGUUUUUCUUAGCUCAUUACCUCGAUGCAAAGCCUGCAUUGAAAAGUGAAUGUAUAGUACAGUUUAGAGAAAUUAAAAAACAUCCCAGAAAAAAAUUUCUAGAAACUGAGAAGCUUCUUUUUACGUUCCUCUAAAAGUAGAUUGGGGUUGUGUGUCUUUUUUCGACUGCUCUGUGCUUCGUUUGAUCGGCCGAUAUAUUGCAGAUGUGAAUAAACCUGUGUUUGGAUCAGA